GUUUGUCUCGAAGGUACAACUUCCGGGCGGUGUCCUUGUUGGCUGGAGAAUGAUGAUUUUCCCGGAGUUUUUGUUAAAAAAAGAAGGCAUUACACUGGCCAAGGCGUAGAAGAAAUCUAACCCUGAUGUCUACGUACAGUGGAAAGGACCCCCUAAGAUGUUUAAAGGAUUCUGCUCCAGGCCAGGACUCUCUCCACAGGGUCCUGAAAGCGGUGCCUCGAGGCUUUACAGUGGGACCUUCCUUGACGAGCAGCGAUCGCUUGGGACUUUGGUGUGUCGGGCGUGCCCUGCAGAAAGGGGCUCUCUUGGGCCUGCAGGAAGACCGAAUCAAGAACACAGACGAAAGAGAAACACAGGAGAGUGGGGGUGAAAUACCUUGUGCAACAGCUUCCAGUGGACCAGAUGGAGAUGAGAGUUACUGGAUGAGAUUCGCCUGUUUUGCAAAGAGUAAGGAGGACCAGAAUGUGAGUGUCCAUGAAGUUGACGGCAGGCUCUGUCUCACGGCUUGUGAGGAUAUCAAUCCAGGAACGGAGCUGCUUCUCUGGAUGGAGGAUCGGCAGUGUCCUCCUCAACCACUGGAACUGGAAAAAAGCCAGAAAGGAAAAGUCACAAUAGAAGGCAGUCCUGAAGAGGACGUGCCUUUUGAGGAAGGAGGGAACCAGCCUCAUGAUGACACUGCAUUGGAGCAGGAGUCACAGCUUCCAGACAUAACCAACACUUCUCGGGGGGCGUCAGUAGAUGGGAACGGGAAGACCACGGUGCAGACCCAAAUCAAAAGAAGGAAACCACAAAUAUAUAGAAUGAAGAAGAAACCCUUGAGGAACCUUGAAACGUGUGCCCCGAAACAGCCCAAGCACAAUGGAGCGGGUGGAGGGUGGCGGGAAAAGAGUAAUGCUUUUCCGGAGUUGUCCAACGUGCUCCUUAAUGAAGGUGACGUUCCCUCAGGGCAAAGUGUAGGAGACCAAGGUGUCCCUGGCAGCAAGGUAGAAGAGCAGGGGCCCGGAGCCUCGAGAGCUAGCUCUCGCCUGGCUGCCAAACCCAGAAAGGUGCACACGCUCGUGAGCCGCAUCCAGAAGAGGCUGCAGGAGCGGAAGAUGAGGAUCCUGGAGCAGCGCGUGGAGGAACAGGGCCCUUCUGAAGAAUGCCCUGUGGAAGCCCCUCCUGGAGGCCCCAAAAAUAGGGCAGCUCUCCAGGAAGCAGUCCCUACAGAAAAGGAGGAAGUACAUCACUUUGCGAACCAGCAGAACCCCUAUGACUUCCUCAAGGGUAUAUAUGGAGGGGGAGGGAAGGGACCUCAGCAGGAGACUUUCGUGCCGGUCCCUGACCUGUUCCAUUUAGACACCAGAGAGAGGCGGUACAAGUGUGAUGAGUGCGACAAGAGCUUCUUCCAGCUGUGUCACCUGAAGAAGCACAGGUUCACACACUCCGACCUCAAACCCUACCUGUGUACGGAGUGUGGGAAGAACUACAGCUCCCAGGAGAGCUUCCGUGCCCACCUCCUGAUGCACAAGGGGGAAAGGCCCUUUAAGUGUCAGCAGUGCGACAAGAGCUAUGGUCUGAAGCGGGACCUGAAGGAGCACGAGGUCCUCCACACCGGCGAGCGGCCCUUUGUCUGCGACAUCUGCGGGAAGGCGUUCGCCCGCCGGCCCUCGCUACGGAUCCACCGCGAGGCCCAUCGGGCCCGAGAGACCGGCAUCCGGGCGGCGAAGAUCAAGUGUCCUGUCUGCGGCAAGGAGCUGGCCAAUUCGGGAUCGCUGCGGAACCACAUGAGGCUGCACACCGGAGAACGGCCGCACCCCUGCCCGCACUGUGGCAAGACCUUCCGGCAGCGCGGCAACCUGCUGGGACACCUGCGCAUCCACACGGGGGAGAAGCCCUUCAGGUGCGACCACUGCGACCGCCGCUUCUCACAGGCGCCCGAGCUCCGGCGGCACCUCAUCUCACACACGGGGGAGGCCUACCUCUGCCCCGUCUGCGGGAAGGCCCUGCGGGACCCCCACACCCUGCGGGCCCACGAGCUCCUGCACACAGGGGAGCGCCCCCACACCUGCGAGGUGUGCGGGAAGGGGUACACCCUCGCCACCAAGCUCCGCCGCCACCAGAAGUCCCACUUGGAGGAGAAGCCCUACAAGUGUUCGACGUGCGGCGCCGGCUACACACUGAUGCAGAGCUUGGUCCGCCACCAGCAGGUCCACAAGAGGAAGGAGCAGAAGGUGGCUGGGGAGCUGGCAGAGGCCCUGGCCGCCCUCGAGCCUGGUCACCCGACCCCGGUGAAGGGGAGGCCGAGAAAAAGUGCCCAGAAGGCAGACUCCAAGCACAGGGCACAGCAGUGGGAGGGCCUUGCACCCCCCGGGGAGCAGAUGGUUGUUUAUGUCCAGGACAUUGAUGGUCUGACCGUGGAGCCCACCCCCGACGAGGUCAUAAUAAGCACUUCCGGAUCCUUCCAUGACGGGACGGCCUUCGCACCUGAGCACGUCGUCCACAAAGUGGUGGGCACCCCUGGCCAGCUGAGCCAAAUGGCACAGGCGCAAGAGUGCGUGCAGCUGAAUGAGGACGUGAUAGAGAUCAUCGUGUCAGACGCCACUGAGAAGUGCAUCAUCGUGGAGGAGCACAAGGUCCCUGGAAAUUUGGUGAUUUUGCAGGGAGACGAUGGGCUGAGCUCUGUGGCAGAGACUAUUGAGAUAUAGCCCAGCGCUCUGCUCUGCUGUUGUUUUUGUUUUCUGACAUUGAAUGGUUUUUUUGUACGCCCAAAUUAUGAUUAUUUCAUCAUUGACAAUGAAAGAGUGGUUUCUGGAGUAUGAACACUUAAAACGUGGUUAUUGGUAGGACUUGGUAGGACAAUAUACACAUUGGUGUUUCUUUGCAUGUUAUUGGAUUACUGUAGUCAAUUUUGUAAACCAGACAUUUUUAUAAUGUAAUUGUUGUGGGACUAAAAUAAACCAAAAAAGUCCGAAGUUGUAAGACCUGGUUAAGAGGCGUUUUGGUUAAGAGGCGUUUUCGUUCAGAUUCCACUGUGACAGCAACAGCAGUGUCUCUGUAAGUUUUUAGCAAAUAUUGACAGUCCUGUGUGAUGAACCCUGUUUGAGCACUAGCUGUCCUCUUCCAGUACCACGCUAGUGGUAACAAGUGUGGUUUUUGUGAUUUGCAUAGAAAUAACCAAAUUAUUGUGAGGACUGUAUCAAAUGAGGUGCCGUUUCAUGUAAAGUUUUUCAAAAUUUGCCUCUUGCGUUCACAGAAACGUCUCUUCAUGCCCUCCACAGCUAUUUGCAGCAAGUAGAAAAGAGCCCAUUUUACUAAAUCCUAAAUGGAAAAUUUAGCUUUCACUUCAUAACAUUACAUUUAAAAUAAUGUAUACAGAAGCCUUAAAUUACUUCAAAUAAGUUGUGUAUUUCCUGUUUAUUUUGCUGAAAUUGCCGUAAAUUCUGACAUCACCUUUGUACUGUGUGUUAUCCAAUAUUUGAAGUCAAAUAUUUAAAGAUCCAGGUCUUGCAGCUGAAUCAAUAGACUUUGAUUUGGGGCUUCUUUUACGUUGA